AGAAAACGGAAAAUGAGCGAGGGAAGGAGAGCGAGAAGCUACAGCAAACGGCAUCCCUAUUUUCGGGCUCUGCAUAUUAUCAAAGGCUAAUGUAGAUGACCUAUUCCUUCUAUCAGACAAUAUGAUGCAGAUUCUUUCUUCUUUCCUGUCUCUAUUCCUCUUCCUCACCACCAUUUCCACAAACACCUUUCAUUCCACCUCCGCACAGCAGCAGCAAAUCCCUCCGUCUGAAAUCCAAGCCCUAAUGUCCUUCAAGCUCAACCUCGAUGAUCCUCUUGGCGCACUCAAUGGCUGGGAUUCAUCCACCCUAAACGCUCCUUGCGACUGGCGAGGUAUCCUCUGCUCGACGGCCGGCCACGUCCUCGAGCUCCGUCUCCCGCGCCUCCGACUCUCCGGCCCGAUCACCGAUCGCAUAACCGACCUCCGGGAGCUUCGCAAGCUGAGCCUGCGAUCGAAUCUCCUGAAUGGGACCAUCCCUGCAGCGAUCUCCGCCCUCUCCCGCCUCCGGGCCAUGUUCUUGCAGUCGAAUGCGUUGUCGGGCCCACUGCCGCCGCAGAUCGCCAACCUUACGGGCCUCCAGAUUCUCAACCUGGCCCAAAACCGCCUCUCUGGCGACAUCUUUCGUCUCCCGCCCAAUCUCCGCUACCUCGAUAUCUCCUCCAAUGCCUUUUCCAGCUCCAUCCCCAGCAAUUUGUCCUCCUCGCCCGGCCUUGAGUUCAUCAAUCUCUCCUUCAAUCGCUUUGGAGGCCAGAUCCCCGCCUCCAUCGGAAACCUCCAACAGCUCCAGUAUCUCUGGCUUGAUUGGAAUCUGCUCGACGGAACGCUCCCUUCUCUUCUUGCGAACUGCUCCUCCCUCCUACAUCUGAGUGUACAAGGCAAUGCCCUUCGUGGCGUUCUGCCCGCUGCAAUCGGCGACCUUCCCAGCCUUCAAGUUCUUUCCCUCUCCCACAACAACCUGUCGGGCCCCAUUCCUAACUCUGUCUUCUACAAUGCCAUCUCCGAUACUCAUCCCUCUUCGCUGCGGAUCGUCCAGUUGGGUUUCAAUGCGUUCACGGAGCUAGUUCCGCCUGCGAGAGCUCCGUUCUCGAGCUCCCUUCAGGUUCUAGAUCUUCAGGAGAAUCGGAUUCAGGGAGAGUUUCCGUCAUGGCUGGUGGCGAAUGCAUCGAACCUGACGGUCUUGCAUCUUUCCGGAAACUCGUUCCGGGGUUCCGUGCCGAUUGAGGUAGGCCGUCUCUCGCAGUUGCAAGAGCUGAGGUUAGCGAGAAAUGAAAUGGAUGGAGAGAUCCCGGCGGAGAUUCGAAGGUGCGCAUCUUUACAAGUUCUUGAUCUCGAAGACAACCGCUUCUCAGGUGAGGUCCCGGCAUUUCUUUCGGAGCUUACUGAUUUGAGGACUUUGUCCAUUGGCGGCAAUCUGUUCUCCGGUCAGAUUCCGCCGAGUUUCGGAAAUCUAUCCAAGUUGGAAGUGCUUUCGCUGGGCGUGAACCGUCUGACUGGAUACCUGCCGGAAGAACUGAUGGGAUUGAGCAAUGCCACUCUCUUGAAUCUCAGUAGCAACAACUUCUCCGGCAAGAUCCCUGAAAGCAUCGGCAACUUGCGAGGUUUACAGGUUUUGAAUAUGAGCAGGAGUGGUUUCUCUGGCAGGAUUCCGACCAGCAUUGGUAAUCUAUUGAAUCUGAGAGUGCUGGAUUUGAGUGGCCAGAAUCUGUCCGGCGAGCCGCCAAUGGAGCUAUCUGGGUUGCCGAAUCUGCAGGUUCUCGAGCUAGCUGAUAACUCGUUUUCCGGCAAUGUCCCAGAAGGUUUCAGCAGUUUGUUGAGCUUACAGGCCCUGAAUCUGACAUCCAAUGCCUUCUCCGGCAGCAUUCCUAUGACAUACGGGUUUCUCCAAUCUCUGGCGAUUCUCUCCCUCUCCGGCAACAACAUAUCGGGCGGAAUUCCAGCAGAGCUUGGUAACUGUUCCAAUCUUGAAGUAUUACAGCUUCACUCAAACCAUUUAACUGGUCGGAUUCCUGCAGAUUUAUGUCGCCUUUCCCAUCUGCGUGAGCUCGAUCUCAGCCAAAAUGUCAUCACAGGCCAACUCCCACCGGAGAUUUCCAAAUGCUCUUCGCUAACUUCUCUUCGAUUGCAGCGUAAUUACAUUUCGGGUGUAAUACCCGACUCGCUCUCAGACCUAUUGAAUCUAACAGUGUUGGAUCUCUCUGCAAACAACUUCUCUGGCCUGAUUCCGGAUAGUUUGACACAUCUAACUGGCUUAAGAUACUUCAAUGUAUCUCGGAACAACCUUGAAGGAGAGAUUCCGGCAAUGCUGGGUUCCCGAUUCGAUAACCCAUCAGCAUUUGCUAUGAAUCAGAACCUGUGUGGCAAGCCAUUAGCAAGGAAGUGCGAUCAUGCAAGAGGUGGCAAGAAGAAGAGCCUGAGAUUGAUUCUUUGGAUAUGCAUUGCAGCUGGAGUAGCUUGCAUUUUAGCACUGUGUUGCUGCUACUGCUGUGUUUUUGGGCUCUUACGAUGGCAGAAGCGGCUCCGAGAUGGCGGAGCUGCAGGCGAGAAGAAACGAAGUCCGGCCCGAGCGAGCUCAGGGACAGGGGAUGUUAGCAGUGGAGAAAAUGGUGGGCCGAAGCUGGUGAUGUUCAACAACAAAAUCACUUAUGCAGAGACAGUUGAAGCAACGAGGCAAUUCGACGAAGAGAACGUUCUCAGCAGGGGACGGCAUGGAGUGGUGUUCAAGGCCUGCUUUCAAGAUGGGACAGUGCUCUCCAUUCGCCGCCUCCCUGAUACAAGUGGUCGGAUGGUUGAGGAAGGAGCUUUCCGGAAGGAGGCUGAGUCGCUUGGGAAGGUGAAGCACCGGAACCUUACAGUCCUCCGAGGCUAUUACGCAGGUCCUCCACCUGACGUUCGUCUCCUCGUCUACGAUUACAUGCCCAAUGGCAACCUUGCCACCCUUCUCCAGGAAGCAUCUCACCAAGACGGUCAUGUGCUCAACUGGCCAAUGCGCCACCUCAUUGCUCUUGGGGUUGCUCGUGGGCUCGCCUUCCUGCAUGCUGAAUCGAUGGUCCAUGGAGAUAUCAAACCACAGAACGUGCUUUUCGAUGCUGACUUCGAAGCCCACCUGUCUGAUUUUGGGCUAGACAGGCUGCUGGGUGUUGGGCCAGCAGCAGCAGCUGCUGAAGCAUCUACUUCUUCGACAAUGACGCCGGUGGUCGGAUCGCUUGGUUAUGUAUCACCAGAGGCCGUGCUGACAGGGCAAGCGACAAAGGAGGCUGAUGUCUACAGUUUCGGAAUUGUGCUGCUUGAAUUACUGACUGGAAGAAGGCCAGUGAUGUUUAGCAGGACAACUCAGACGGCGACGACACGGCCCGGCGAAGCAGAUGAUGAUGAUGCUGAUGAGGAUAUAGUGAAGUGGGUGAAGAGGCAGUUACAGAGGGGUCAGAUAUCGGAGCUUUUGGAACCUGGUUUGCUGGAGCUGGAUCCUGAAUCGUCGGAGUGGGAAGAGUUCUUGCUGGGGGUGAAGGUGGGGCUGUUGUGCACUGCUCCAGACCCUCUCGACCGUCCAUCCAUGGCUGAUAUCGUUUUCAUGCUCGAGGGCUGUCGUGUGGGCCCCGACAUUCCCUCCUCUGCCGAUCCAACCUCCCACCCAUCUCCCACAUGAACUGAUACGAUAUUUUCCGAUACGCUCUUUCGGUGUCGGUGUCAGCGUUUCGUUCCGCGCCUUUUUUGCCUUUUUCUUUUUCAUUUUUUUUUUCAUUUUUUUUUUAAUCCAUCGUAUUUUCUAUUUUUUUUUUUGGGUUUAAUUGUCUUUUUUCGGCAAAAUGUUAUUCCACCUGAGCUGUUUUUCUUUGAGGCUUUU